UUUUUAAUUUCAUUUGAAUAGAUGGAGAAAUAUUAGUAGAUAAAUCGUGCAUUGAAGAGGAGGAGCAUUGAAGAGGAGGAGAGACUCUGAUUCUUUCUAGGGUUAGGGUUUUUGCAUCCCUUUUUUCAUAGAUCUGUUUCUUUGCUUGUUUGAUUGAUCUGGGAAAUGGGUGCGGAAAGCGAGACAGCCGAGUCGAGCUUGGGCGUUGGUAGUGGUGAAGAAGUAGUCACUCUUAACAUUCGAUGCUCCAAUGGAUCCAAAUUCUCUGUUCGGACAAGCCUCCAGGCGACUGUUGAGGCGUUCAAAGCUCUUCUUGUUCAGAACUGCGACGUUCCGGCUGAUCAGCAGAGGUUGAUUUACAAAGGUCGGAUCUUGAAGGACGAUCAAAUCCUAGCUAGCUAUGGUUUACAGGCAGAUCACACUGUUCAUAUGGUGCGUGGUUUUGCUCCAGCUGCAUCAACACCUGCUGCUGCUGCCAAUGUUGGCAAUCCCAAUCCCACUCCAGGUGUUGCACAGGCUGUUAGUUCAAACGAAGGUGGUGGCUUUGGAGCUGCUGGUCUUGGGCCAUCUCUAUUUCCUGGGCUUGGUUUCAAUGCUCUAGGAGGCUCUGGAGCAUCUGGUGUACUUGGAGCUGGGCUUCCUGAGUUUGAACAAGUGCAGCAACAAUUGACUCAGAAUCCCAACAUGAUGAGAGAAAUAAUGAACAUGCCAGCCAUUCAGAGCCUAAUGAAUAACCCUGACCUGAUGCGCAACAUGAUCAUGAGCAACCCUCAAAUGCGCGAGAUCAUUGACCGAAAUCCUGAACUUGCUCAUGUUCUCAAUGAUCCUGGCAUCCUUCGGCAGACAUUAGAAGCGGCAAGGAACCCUGAGCUUAUGCGGGAGAUGAUGCGAAAUACUGACAGGGCAAUGAGUAACAUUGAAUCUUCUCCUGAGGGAUUCAACAUGCUCAGACGAAUGUAUGAAAAUGUUCAGGAACCGUUCCUCAAUGCUACAACAAUGGCUGGAAGCACUGGAAAUGAUGUGGGGUCAAACCCAUUUGCGGCUCUUUUGGGUAAUCAAGGUGCUGGAGCCCAAACCAGAGAUGGAUCAAACAAUACUUCAACCACUGGGUCUGAAGCAACUACAGGGUCUGCUGUUCCAAAUGCCAAUCCACUUCCUAACCCUUGGAGUGGUACUGGUGGAGGUUCCCAAGCAAACACUACUGCAAGGUCAAAUCCUACUGCGGAUGCCAGGCCACCAGGGAUUGGUGGGUUAGGAGGGCUUGGUCUUCCAGAUUUGGAGCGCAUGUUUGGCGUGCCAGACCCCUCUGCAAUGAAUCAGCUCUUGCAGAAUCCAGCUGUGUCCCAAAUGAUGCAAAGCCUACUAUCCAACCCCCAGUACAUGAAUCAGUUUCUUGGCCUGAAUCCGCAACUCCGGAGUAUGCUCGACUUGAACCCUCAGCUAAGAGAAAUGUUGCAAAACCCAGAAGUUCUUAGGCAGUUAACAUCACCUGAGACGAUGCAGCAAAUGUUGGCUGUACAGCAGGCUCUUUCAUCUCAGCUUAAUAGGCAACAAUCAACUCCAGAAACAGCUCAGACUGGUGGGACUCCUGGAGCACAAAACAAUAUGGGACUGGAGUUGUUGAUGAAUGUGUUUGGUGGACUCGGAGCUGGGGGCUUAAAUCUUCCCAAUACACCUGAUGUGCCUCCAGAAGAGCUUUAUGCUACUCAACUGUCACAGCUUCAAGAAAUGGGUUUCUUUGAUACCCAAGAGAAUAUUAGGGCAUUACGUGCCACCUCAGGAAAUGUUCAUGCUGCUGUGGAGCGACUUUUAGGGAACCCUGGUCCGUAGUCAGUACACCUAUUUUGAAAUUUAAUCAAAGAUUCAGUUGGGCAUGUAAAAGUUAUCGAUUUGGACCAGUGUCUCAUAAAAGACAAAAGAUGUGUUGGCACUUUCAAUUCCAUUUUGGGCUGUGUGAAUAAGAAAGUACACACUUCCAUGGUAAGAGGUGAACUUGGUGGACAAAGGCUUUUUCUUUACCAGGCAGUUACAUGCCCUCUCUCUCUCCCUCUCCCUCCCUCUCCCUCCCUCUCUCUCUCUCUCUCUCUUUCUGCCAAUGCGCUGAUGUACAUACACAUUUAAGUAAUUCUUCUGUGAAAUAUUUUCAGAUUUUAUGGAUA